AUGCGGACAUCGUUGGCUCUAUGUGUGGCUUUCUUGCUUCUGUUCUGGCGCUUGUGGAACCACUUGGUGCCGCUGCAACAACUGGCAAGAAUCCUCGGUUCAACCGUUUUUUUUGUCUCCAAGAUAUCCGGAGACGGAAAAGCUGUGCUCAUCACCGGUUGUGACACCGGAUUUGGCAACCGCUUGGCUAAGCGACUCUCACGCUGCCGCUUUUUGGUGUUUGCCGGAUGCUUGAAGAUCGACAGUGCCGGCGCUGAAGAACUCAAGAGCCUCUCCAAUGUGAAGGUCCUGGAACUUGACGUCACAAAGCAAGAGCAAGUGGAUGACGCCCUCGACUCGGUAAAGGAGCACCUCGGCAAUAGAGUACUUUGGGCGGUGGUCACCAAUGCUGGCAUCGGAAGCUGCGGCCUCCUGGAGUGGUUGACAAUGGAAACCGUGGCCAACGUUUUCGACGUCAACGUCUUCGGAGGACUUCGAGUCAUCAAGAAGUUCCUGCCCCUCCUUAGAAAAAGCAGCGGCAGGGUCGUAGCCAUUGCGAGCCCUUUCGGUCACUUCACAAACCCAAUGAUCGUGCCCUACUGUAUGUCGAAGCACGCCGUAGUCUCCAUGAUGGAUGGUCUUCGAGUGGAGUGCCAUGGUAGCGGUGUGGACUUCGUCACCGUGGAGCCUUCGGCUUACCUUACGCCAAUCUUCAAGGCGGGCAGUACUACAAUGGACAUCGUGAUGCGGGAGUUCAGGCACCAGGAGCCUGAAGCCGUCGCCGCCUACACACACCAGGACGUUGAGGACUGGGUGAAGGUCCUCGGCAAAACCUUCCAGGCAAUCAUCAGGGAGGAUCCCGAAGAAGGCGUCAGUGUCAUGGAACGGGCAGUAAGAGAAACCUUCCCCGAUACCAUCUACAAGUCGCCGUGGGGAGUGGACACACCUUGCGUAUAUUUUAUGACAUUAUUCCCAAGAGACGUCACGGACUUCGUCUCUGUCCUUGUACGCAAGAUUCAGUUCAGAAUGAAGUGAUUGUGUUGAUUAUAAA